CUUUCUUUUCUUUUCGAGGGUUUCCCAAAAGGCGAAAAUCGAAAAACCCUAGAAGGAGUACCCACCCACCACCAUCGCUCGUUUGGCUGGAUCCUUCCAUCCACCGGCCGGCCGUCCAUCGAUCGAUUGAUCCCGAUGGCUUCCUCCGAUGUUGAUGAAAAGUAUCCUCCGCUGACGUACUACUCCGACAGAUACUGCGAGACCUGCCGGAGACUCGACAAGACGGAGAUGAAACCAAAGCCCGACGACGAAGCGUAUCUAUUUGAUGACGAAACUUUCUACGACGAAACCCUAAGGCUACAUGUCAUCAACUACCGGAGGAACCAGUAUACGAGGAGUUAUUUUGAUAUUGAUUGCCCUCCAAAUUAUGGCGGCGUUGGUGGGCAACCACACCCUGGAAAGCAUUAUGCGAACGACGAAAAAUUUCGAAAGACGGUUCAGGAAUGUGCUAGGUUCGGGGUGGACAUGUGUAACAAAGAAACCAAGGUGAAGGGGAUUGAUUUGGAGUUUGUGGAGGUUCAGAAUGUUACUGCUGAAGGUCCGCAUUGGAGGAGAUUUUACAUGACUCUCGCCUGCCGCAAUCGGGUUAAUGGUAAGCGGAAAGGGAUCUCUGAAGCUGGUGGGGAUACUAGUGAUGACUGUGUGAUUCAGAGCUACAAAGUUGUGGUUUCCUGUUGCUAUUGGAAAACGGAGUUGAAAAAGAUGCUGCUCUUCAAGGACCCAAAUGGGAAACAUUUGUGGGAGCCGGCGGAUCCGUUUUGCGACCGAGUCAGCGAGCCAUAUUAUGGGGACGAAGUUGCUCUAGCUGGUGAUGGUUCAUUGAUGGUAGUCCGAUCUUCGGAGAAUAAAGCUCAGAGAUAGGAGGAAGAUCAAGUACCUAGUAGUGGUAGUAGUUUAAUGUAAGACACAAUGGUCUAGACGUGUACGUUUAGUGUUCGUGUAUUGAGGAUUUGAUAUAGAGAAUUGGGAAUUGAGGUAGAGAAUAGGGAUUUGGAAGAAGCAGCUUGGGAAAGAAGGAAGAAAUCGGGUCUCCAUAGAAGGAGAAGGCCGACCGUAGCUGGAGAAAAGAGAGAGAGAUUGAUAGGAAGAGAGAGGGGUUGAGGUUUAGGAAAUAAUUGAUCUGUUAUUACUUAGUGAGAAUGAUCCUACUAAUACAGAAUAUAUAAACCGAUGAAUUUUCUAUAACUAUUCAAAUUAAUACCCUAACAAAUUACUCCC